AUGUCUUCCUAUGGACAGAUGCUUAGCUCCCGCUGUGCUGCACCAUGUGAAAUGACGUGCCCGCAACCAUAUAUCAACUGUUGGAAUGAACCAUGUAUCAGCUCAUGCGGAGACUCAAGAGCAAUCGUGUACGCACCACCCGUUGUCGUGACUUUCCCGGGACCCAUUAUCAGCUCGUGCCCUCAGGAAAGUAUUGUGGGAACUGCCAUGCCUGAAAUUGAGGGUCAGAUGGGCUCCGGAGGUGGAGGAAUGGGCUCCGGUGGUUCUGGCGGAGGAAUGGGCUCCGGAGGCGGAGGAAUGGGCUCCGGCGGUGGUUCUUAUGGUGGCAUGGGAGGGGGCUCAUGUGGUGGGGAGGGCUCAUGUGGUGGUGGAAUCUCCCGUUUGGGAAGUUUUUACCGAAACUCAUUUUUUUCAGGGUUUGGCAGAAAUUAUUUCCCUUUGUAUUCCAGAGGGUACUAUAGGUAUCGCUAUGGAAAUUAUGGGCCAUUUUAA